AUGCAUUGGACUCCAGAGCAUGCUCAGGGACCAGAGCAAUACCUCGAUAUCUCAUUCACAAUGUCUUCUCUAGCUCAUAAACCAGAAGAGAACCAUCUCAUACAGCAGCAUCCCCGGUACGAGUGGGCAAAUGAUGACUUUUCUGCACUGACAGCCUCUAAUUUGCUCAAGAAAUAUGCAGAGAAGUACUCUGGGACUGUGAACUCUUCAUUCGAGAGGCCAGAGCAAAAUCCUUACAUAGAUGCUCCACUUGGACCAAUUAAUGAACAAAAGAAUGAAAACGAAUCCUGGCAAAUGUCCUUUCGUGAACAGGGGUCAUUUUCUGCAAGUUCGAUAGAUGACGGUCUUACAGGCAGUAAAGCAAGAGUUGAUUCUAUCCUGCCACCAGGAAGUGGCAGCGUAGACAUCGGACGUUCCUCUAUGGUGACCAACAGUCUUUCUGAACCUUGCUAUCCAAGUAAUACAAGUGGUCCUACUUCUGCCUCGUGCAUUCAAUCCUGCCUUGUGCCAAUUGGAACAUCUCAGGAAGGUUACACUGCAACUUAUUUAACCUCAGACCACUGUAGCCAAGCUACAUCUGCAGUUCCUUCCUCUCUUACUUCAUCUUUAAGUAGUUCAAGUCUUCUGCAGCCAGUACAUUCCAUGUCCACUAUAAUGCCCUCUUAUAAUUCAACUUUCACUGGACUAAACUCAAUCUACAACUACCCCUCAAACCAUUACCCUUCUCAGUUGAGCUCUGGUCCUGGUUACUCAGGAGUACAUCAUCCGCCCUUAGGUAUUCCAGCUCCUAUUCGUCUUCCUUCCUCAUCCCGACAUUCCAUAGACCCAAGAUAUGCCUACCAGAGCCACAGUUUGCCCAAGGAUUCUUUAUCUCCUGUUACCAAUGGCUCAAGCAGUGCUUUAAAGAGAAAAACGUUUGAUACAAACCUGAGAGAGGAUGAGGGUCUGAAUAGGUACAGUUAUAGACAGCAAAGGACUGCUUUAGGUUUGUAUCAGAUGCCAAAUGAUGUGGCACUUGGUGAGUGUCAAGACAAUCACUUUCGUAGAAAUGGUGACACGUUGCCUGUAGAAUUCAAAACGAGGAAGCAACAUAUUGUGAAUGACCUUAUCGAUAAGUACAGUGACCAUGGAAAGAAAAGAAUGAUGUCGCCACAUUAUAAUAGUGAACAGCUUCCGCUUCAGUCAAGCUCAUCCGAAGCUCUUGUGAAGCUCACUUCUGCAUUAUUGGACAGCGAAGUGGUGGAUGAGCAAGACCGCAUGCUUAACCCCCAGAUGCAGGCUCAGAGAGUCGAGACAGUUACCGCGAGCAGUCAAUUGGAGGAGCAAUUGAAAAGCAUGGAUUCUCAACUCCUAAGCUUAGUAACCAAUGAAAUCGUGGAUUCGAGUCCUCCUGUACAGUGGGGUGAUAUUGCUGGACUGGAUACUGCAAAGGCACUGAUUGAACAACAGAUAUUGUGGCCCUUGUUGAGGCCAGAAGCGUACAAUGGUGCAAAUAGGGCACCAAAAAGCAUUUUGCUGUUUGGACCUCGUGGAGGAGGCAAAACAAUGCUCACAAGAUGCAUUGCCACUCACUUAGGGGCAACUUUCCUGAAGCGUAUCAGGAAAUGUCAAGCCUUCUAUACACAAAAGCAGAGCAGCAGAGAUGACUUAGCAGUGAAUAACUCUAAUAAUAGACUGCAAAAUAACAAGCCAUGAAGGGCCACUGAACAAGAGAGAACAAAAACAAACACAACGGGCAACAAGGUAAACUUUAGGCAGGGAGAGUGAAAUCUAGGACAACUGGUUGAGGCUGGCUCUGGGCUGACGACUUGAUCUGAAGUGGGAUGUAAACUGGGUUCAUUUUGACGUUUUUGUUGAUAGAGUUCUGUGUGGAGAACAAAGCCUCUAAGAAUUCUCAGGCUUGUCGUUGACGAGCUUGGCCUAGGAUAGUGACGUUGGUCCAGUGGAAUUGAUGUGCUUCAUUGUCACAAUGUAUAGAUAUAAGGGAAAGUUGAUCAUGACGGUUUACUGCCAGUUGGUGUUCAGUCAGUCAGUGGGUGCCGUCCCAAAUCCGUGGUUGGCGGCUACGCACCUCCAUCUUCUUCGAUCUUGCGCUCUUUUUCUGGCCUCAGCAUAACCCAACCCAGUCCAUUGCCUCACAUUAUCGUACUAAGUGGUUCGCUGCCUUCCUCUUUCCCUCUUUCCUUCUAUCAUUCCUUCCAAUAACAAUUUCUGCAGUCCACCACCUCUUAACAAGUGCCCGGCAUACUCCAGCUUCCUUUUCCGCACAUUCUUCAGCAACUCCUUUUCUCUCCUCGCUCUCUUCAACACUUCCAUAUUACUGACCUUCAUUACCCAUCUAAUUUUCUGCUUUCUCCUUAAACACCACAUCUCAAAUGCCUCCAGUCGUCAUUGCGCUUCCUUGCAUAAGGUCCACGAUUCGACUCCAUACAACAGACUGCUCCAGGUGUAGCAUUUCCAAAUUCUACAACGCAACCCAAAGUCCAACCUUUUGCCUCACAGCACGUCACUCAGGCUCCAGAACGUUGAUCUUGCAAUCUCAAUUCUUCGUAUCUGUAAGAUGACAUGGACAUAGAAUGUUUGAACAAUGUAUCAAGCGGGGAAGUUUGAUAAUGCAAUUCUUGAGAUAUCUCGAAUGAAGCUGGAUAUUAUGGGAGAAGCUGGAACAGUUGACAAGAAUGAUUUUGCGAUGAUAUACUCUGGAGGAGAGAGCCAUGCCAAUGGCAUUGGAAUUAUUAUGAAGAAGAAAAUCUAUAAUGCAAUAGAUGGGUUUUGGCCCAUAUCUGAUAGACUCAUAAUGGUAAAAUUAAAAAGAAAGCCUUUCGAUGUUACGAUAGUCCAAAUGUAUGCACCAACAAGUGAGCAUGAGGAUGAAGAGGUGGAAUGGUUUUAUGAGGACGUAGAAUCUGCUUUAAAAAAUGCAAGGAGCUCUGAUGUACUUUUUCGUUAUGGGAGAUCUGAAUGCUAGAGUAGGCAACGUGAAAUACAAGGAUAUCAUUGGUCAGUAUGGCUUAGAUGAGAGAAAUGAAAGGGGGAAGAUUUAUACAAUUUUGUGAACAGCUAUAUAUAAUAAUUUUCCUUAAUAUAUAGAUGAACCAACAGAUUCUUAGGCAUAUCAGGAUCCUUAGCCUUGAUUAAACCAUGUAACCCAAGAUCAACUGAAGUCAUUGGAAAAGAACAAGGUGGGGUUACUGAGAAUGUGACAGUGGGACAUAUUGCAUAAUCCAACACACCCAUGUUCCUAGUGUGAUAGGAACCCAGCCAGCCAAAACUAAAAACACUUUUGUCAUGUUCCCAACAGUCCUCCAACACACCUUUAACAGGAUGAUCAUUUUUUUGCCCCCUCAAGUUAAUCCAGUAAGUUAACAUCAACUUCAACCUCCGUAAUUGUAAGGGCAAUUGCCCCAUUUCAACCAGUAAAGCCAAAACAAGGGAUGACCUAAUUGCACCACAACUCAAUCUUAAAGCCUGUGUUUGUAUCACAUGCAAACAUUUUAAAGUUGAAAAUGAAGCUGAUCCAUAAGCCACACAACCAUAAUCAAGAACAGAUCUAAUUAAACAAAUAUAAAUGGUAAAAGAUUUUCAUGUAGCACUCCAAGGAUACCCACAUGUACAGCUGUGAAUAUUUAUUGCUCCUUUACAUUUAUCAAUUACCUUACUGAUACGGUGCUUCCAUGUCAGUUUAUUAUCCAUCCACAUGCCAAGAAAUUUUACCAUUGACACUUCAAGAGGUUGACCAUACAAUUUCAAAUCAAGUGCAGGUCUAUUAAUCCUCUUUGUAAAACACAUAACUUCAGUUUCAGCUACUGAAACCUGAAAUCCCCAUCAAUUUGCCCACUGUUUGAUCUUAUUAAUCGCAUCCUAGAUACAAUAAAAUUGAAAUUCCUACCUCUAAUCCAUAAAGCUCUAUCAUCAUCAUAGCUUGUCACACCAGACAGCCAGCCACUCUAGUGCUGUUUGGUUGACGCUGAGCAGGUCAGUGUCAGCUAAAUCAGGUGAGAGUGGGCAGUUGCGCAGAACGUGUUCAAUGUUCUGCACCCUUUCGCCACACUCACAGGAUUUACUGGUCUUUAAAUCCUACUUCAGCAUAUUGUCUCCCAUCCUACAAACUCCCGCUCUCGCUCUGUUGAAAGUGCACCACUUCCGUCUGUCAAGCAGUGUCCCGUCUGGCAACAUUUCUGUGGGGUCUUGCACUGUAUUGUUUGGUGGGGUUCUGGCUUCUGUUUGUUGCCAGAGGUCAAUCCUGUAUGUUUGGGGGAUGUUCCGUGCGGUAGUCCCUCCACUGUAGCAAAGCCUUUCCUCUACUUUAGACGGUUGGAAACUGGCACAUGAUGAUGUAGUGGGUGUUGUGUAAUUUUUGUUAUAGUGUGUCUUCAGAUCUCUGGGGGAGCAAUGCCUGCUAGUCUGUAAAUGAUGUUAGUGGAUGUGGGACGCAGUGUGUCCGUGAUUAUUCAGCAGACUUCGUUAAGUAAGGGUCUAUUUUCUUAUGGGCUGAUCUGCCCCACACAGGUGCACAGUAUUCUGCAGGUGCAUAGCAGAGUGCUAGGGCAGUUGAUUUAAGUGUGUGAGCAUUAGCUCCACAUUUCGUGCCUGUUAAUUUUUUCAAGAGGGAAUUGCGAGAGCCAACUUUCCCUCGGAAUUUUUGGAUGUGGGUGGCAAAUGAGAGCGUCCUAUUCAGUGUCACGCCCAGGUAAACUGGAUUCGGAUGGUGUUCGAGCUCCUUCCCACACCAGAAGAUCUUGAGUUUCCAAGCUGCUUCUCGAUUCCUCAGGUGAAAUGUACACACUUAAGUUUUUGAUGGAUUUAGGUUCAGAGACCAUUUUUCAUAAUACUGCUUCAUUGCUUCGAGGACUGCUGUAAGUCGUACUUCAACUUCUUGGAAGGUGUUUACCAUUGUGUUACAUCACCUUUCCUUUUAAUAACACUUUUUAAUCGUUUUGGAACUGAGGAUACUAAUUGUAGUAGAUUUGCAAUUGGAUAUUUUGUCCAUUCUUGCUUGAUAUAAGACUUCAGCUGCACAACAGUCCGUGGUCUCCGUUGUCUGAUUCUCCUCUUCAUGAUGCAUCAUACAUUUUCAAUAGGAGAUAGAUCUGGACUGGCAGCAGGCCAGUCAAGCACACGCACUCUGUGUCUACAAAGCCACGCUGUUGUAGCCCGUGCAGAAUGUGGUCUGGCAUUGUCCUGCUGAAAUAAGCAUGGACAUCCCGGGAAGAGACGUCGCCUUGAUGGCAACAUAUGUCUCUCUAAAAUCCUAAUAUACUCCUCAGAGUCAAUGGUACCUUCACAUACAUGCAACUCACCCAUGCCGUGGGCACUGAUGCACCCCCAUACCAUCACAGAUGCUGGCUUUUGCACCUUUCGCUGAUAACAAUCUGGAUGGUCGUUUUCAUCUUUGGCACGGAGAACUCGACGCCCGUUUUUUCCGAAAACUAGCUGAAAUGUGGACUCAUCUGACUACAGCACACGGUUCCACAGUCUUUCGGUCCAUCUGAGAUGAGCUCGGGCCCAGAGAACUCGCCGGCGUUUCUGCAUAGAGUUGAUGUAUGGAUUCCUCCUUGCGUAAUACAGUUUCAAGUUGCAUUUCUGGAUGCAGCGACGGACUGUGUUGAGUGACAAUGGUUUUCCGAUGUACUCCCGAGCCCAGGUGGCUAUAAUUGUCACAGUAGCAUGACGGUUUCUUAGGCAGUGCCGCCUGAGGGCUCGAAGAUCACGCACAUUCAACAGUGGUUUCCGACCUUGCCCUUUACUCACUGAGAUGUCUCUGAAUUCUCUGAAUCUUUUCACAAUAUUAUGUACUGUAGAUGUUGAAAGACCUAAAUUCUCUGCAAUCUUGCAUUGAGAAAUGUUCCUUUUGAACUGACUAACAAUUCUCUCACGAAUUUUGGCACAAAGGGGUGAGCCAUGACCCAGCCUUGCUUGCAAAGACUGAGCCUUUGAUGGACGCUACUUUUAUACCCAGUCAUGAUACCUCACCUGCUACCAAUUAGCCUGCUUAAUGUGGAGUCUUCCAAACCGGUGUUACUUGAAUAUUCUGUGCACUUUUCAAUCUUAUUUUAACUCUGUCCCAACUUUUGGUGAGUGUGUUGCAGCCAUCAAUUUCUAAAUUUGUGUAUAUUUACAAAAUACAAUUAAGUUGGUCAGUAAAACUAUUGAAAAUCUUUUCUUUGACUCUUGUCAGUUAAAUAAAGGUUCAUGUGAAUUAACAUAUCACAGAUUUUUGUUUUUAUUGCAUUUUGGAAAAUAUCCCAUCUUUUCUGGAAAUGGGGUUUGUAAGUUUUGCUUUUUCCAUGUAAGUUUCACAUCAAAUAACAAACCAAGGAACUGAAUUACCUUCACCUGCUCUAAUUUUUGUUCAUAUAAUUUCACGGAAACUGAUUUGUGAUUUUUUUGAGAAACAUAUCACUUGGACUUACUCGUAGACAAUUUGAAACCCCAUUUAUUUGCCCACUCCUCCACUUUAUUUAUUGCAUCUUGCAUUUUCCUUUGUAUAUAAAUUAAAUUUUUCCCCUCACCCACAAAGCCCCAACAUCUGCAUAUAAGGAUUUCCCCACACUAUGUUCAACUUGGACAAAUAAUGUCAUUUAUCAUUAUCGUAAAUAGUAAUGGACUGCAGACACUACCUUGUGUUCCGUUUUCAACCAAAUAUGUCCUGGAGUACUCUGCUUCCACCUUGACUUGAAUUGUUCGACCAAAAAGAAAGUCUAGAACCCAGGUAUAUAAUUUUCCUUCCACCCCUAAUUCUUUCAAUUUAAUUAACACUCCCUCUUCCCAGAGCAUAUCAUAUGCCUUUUCUAUGUUGAAGAAUACCGCCAGGACCAUUUCUUUAUUUGUUUCAGCCUUCCUAAUUUCAGAUUCCAAGCUAAGUAUUGAAUCUACUGUAGUUCUUCCUUUAUGAAAACCGCUUUGGUGGGGAGAAAUAAGACUUUUUUCUAGAAAUUAUAUUAGCCUAUCAGUUAUUAUUCGUUCCAUAAGUUUACCUAGCUGUGAGGUUAAUGCAAUUGGUCUAUAGUUUAUUGGGUCUGAUGAAUCUUUACCAGGUUUUAAGGUAUGUUAUAUAGGACUAGAUGUUAAUAUCCCUUAUCUGCAUUCCUGAGACCUGCUGCCUGGACUCUGUGGGGUGGCCAAGUGAGUGGUGGCAUCUUCGGGGUUAUCAAGUGGGUGCCCUCUUCCCUCAGUGUUUCGCUGAUAGGCCCACGACACCUCUGGAGGGUUCAGCAGUGAAUCCCGGCGUCCCGGGCUCACCCCCUAGAUGCCUUUCACUCACUUGGGGGCCCAGAUGGAAUCCUUUCUCUUCAUCCAGAGCCACUGACUACCCUUUUCAGCAGCUCUGGAGAGGGCUUUGACUGCUUGGUGGUGUGUCUUCCCUCACACUCCCAACUCCCGGAGUAGCCUUGAUGUUGAUGUGGCUACAAAUCCUCUGCGGCCUACUUCGACCGGUCCGACCCUUGCUUUCCAGCCACGUUGUUGUGCAUCGGCUGCAAGUUCAGCAUACCUCAGCUUCUUGCACUCGUAGGCCUCCUCCGCUGCAUCCUCCCAGGGCACGGUAAGCUCGAUGAUGUAAACGAGAUGGAGUGAGGCCGACCUCAGCACAAGGUCUGGUCUGAGGUUGGUUUCCAUGGUUUCAGUUGGGAAGCAGAGCCUCUGGUCUAAGUCUUCCACCAUAUUCCAAUCACGUGCCUCACCUAGCCGCCCGGUGUCUGGUCUCGAUGUAUCGAGUCUGGCUUGACUCUCACCUUCCCGGACAAAUGCUGUUAACGGCCAGCGGGAUAAGGGGGGAGGGAAAGUGUUGACGCUCAUCCGCCGACUUUCCAGCACUGCUGCAAGACACCGUAGCACCUGGUUCUGCUGCCAGGUGUAUCGGCCUUGAGUAAGGCUGGUCUUGCAGCCCACCAGAAUGUGUUUUAGUGUUGCUGAAGUCAGGCAGAGGGAGCACGUGGGGUCCUCUCCAUACCACUGGCUGAGAUUCAUGGGAGAAGGCAAGACAUCAUAGGCUGCCCUGAUGGUGAAGCUCGCUCUGAGUGUCCCCAUCUCCCACAGCUCUUUCCAGGAGAUCUUUCGUUUCUCCACUCCCUCCCAUCUCAUCCAUUGCCCUUGCCUUGCCUGAGCGACGGCCUUUCUGCACCUUGCCGCCUCCUCCUGCUGAUGUAUCUCCUGUGUCACGAGCCUACGUCUCUGAGACGGAGCAGCCUUGUUCCAGGCUGGUGUACUGCCCCCAAGGCCAAGACCGCUCCUCCCUUGCUGCACUCGGCCCACGAUGUCCCUGUGCUCGAGAGCCGCCUUUGCCUGCUCGGUUGCUUCUGAUGGAGUCCAUUUCCUCCCAGUAUCCAGGAUGUGGGCAGCUUGUGCUCAAGGUCACUGACGGCAUCCUUCCUGAGCUGAUAUUGGAACAAUAACAGAAUGUUGCUAUGCAGUUGGUAUUUUACCUAUUUCCCAUAUUCUAUUAGACAGUCUCUGUAGAACUAGAAGUGCACUUUUUGAUAAGUGCUUCAGCAUUAUACCCCAUACUUGAUCCUUCCCAGAAGUUGGCCACGCAUUCAUAAUGGCUGUUUCUAUUUCUGUUAUGCUGAUAGGUGUAUCCGGCACUUGUGACGUUGCUCUUUUGUCCAUAAUUCCUGAAUUUUGCUUAAGUCUCUCCUCCCUUUGCUGUAUAGCCUCGACCGUCAAAUUCUCCAAGCUAUGUAUGUUAACAAAAGUUUUUGCCAAUAUUGCUGCUUUUUCUACAUUGUUAAUUGCCAUUUUGUCCUUACUUUUUAGCACAGGAAUCUCCUUACUACUUCUUAUACCAUUCAUUUUCCUUAUCAUGCCCCAUAUUUCAGACAGUUGAGUUUCUCUUCCAAUUUUGUUACAAUACUGUCUCCAAAAUGCUCACUUUGCUUGCCUGAUUGUUUUCCGAACUUUGCUUGUGCUCUUUUAUAUUGUAUUAAUGUUUCUACCGAAUGUUGUCUUUUUAACACUUUAAAUGCUUUAUUUCUUACUUUUAUACUGCUACAACAUUCACAAUUCCACCAUGGAACACUUUUCCUCUACCUUUACUUAUCGGAAUUGUUUCUUCUGCCGAAUUUAUAAUUGCUGUGACCAAUUUAUCAUUCAUUUCUUCUAUAUCAAAUAUAUUUUCAUCUAAAAUCCUUAUGCAUCUUACUUUUUUGAAAUAUCUCCCAAUCUGCCUUAUUUAGUUUCCACCUUGACACUCUAGGUCCUUUAUUUUGUUCUAUUUUAAUCUGAAUCCUUGUGAGUAGGAGAUAGUGAUCACUUUCUACUGUAUUUUGUUUUAAUACGUUCCAAGUACUGAUUCCUGCUAAUUCUCUACUUACAAAUGUUAAGUCUAUUGCGAUUUCUGUGUUUUGGGAUAUAUUAUAUCUUGUACCUUCUCCAUUACUUAUACAUACCAAUUUUUCGUCAUCUAUAAAUUCUUCUAUCGCUAAUCCAUUUUCAUCCACAUUUUUACAUCCCCAUCGUGUACUGUGUCCAUUGAAAUCCCCACAUCAUAUUAUUUUCCCUUUCAUCCCACCACCCACUGUGUUUAAUGUAUCUCUGCUUAAUCGUCUGCAUGGAUUAUAAUUAUUUAUUAUUACCAAGAUUUCUCUGCCUAUCCAAAUUUUGAUUAUUAUUGAUUCAUAUUUCUGCCCUAUGUUGACUAUAUUAUACCUCAUCCCACUGGCUAUAAAUAUUGCUACUCCUCCAUCAUUGCCAUUGCUUCUAUCCCUCCUAAUAGCUGUAUAUCCUUGUAAAACAAAAUCUAAUUGUGGUUUCAACCAUGUUUCUUGUAUACAUAAAAUCUGAGGUUUUUCCUUAAGUUCUGAUACAUAUUUCUUAAAUUCUUGACCAUUUGUGAUAAGACUCCUUGCAUUCCAUUGCAUAGUAUAUACUGCCAUUAAAAUCCCACCUCCCAUGCCUGUGAACUGUUUGAUCCUCCAUUCAGCAUUUCUUUGACUACUUCCCACCUAAGCCCUGUAAUACCAAGAUAUUUUUCUGCAGACUUGACUAUAAUUUUAAUUUUUUGGUUCUUUUGUUUGUUUGCACUAAACAGUUAAUUGCAUCUACCAUAAAUAGUAUGAAAUCCUUUCUACUCAUUAGUGUAUCCUUAUUUAUCAUAUUACAGCCCUCACAAUUCACCGGUUUAUUAUUCCCUGUACUUGUUUGCUUGAUAGCCUUCUCCUUUUCAGCAAAUCCUUUCAUUGCCUCUGCAUAACUGAUUCCUUGAGUUACUUUUACAUAUUGUAUCUCAGCUGCCUUCUUGCUAUAAAUGCAUCCUCGAUAAGCUGCGCUGUGUUCCUCAGCACAAUUGCAGCGUUUCAGCCUAGCUCCCACCUCACAUUUCCCAUUUUCAUGUUCUCCAGCGCAUCUCCCACAUCUGUUUCCCUCUGCAGACCGCCACAAUAUGCCCGAAUUUCUGACGUUUAAAGCUUAAAGGCAGUGGUAUAUAUAUUCUGAUCUCAAUACACAUAUACCCUAAAUAAAUUUUAGUUGGCAAUCUCUCUUCAUCAAAGUUAAUCAUAACCGAUAAACUAUCACACUUUUUUCCAUUUCUUGUAACUUUCAAACGUUUGGCCUCAAUAAUUUUUGCUCCUUUUAUGUUCUGUUUAAUCUCAUCCAUAGUAACUUUGUUGGUAUCCCCAAAAUAACUCCUCUAGUCCACUUUCUAUUGUCGAGUAUUGAGCAUUGUACUUUUUUUGCCGUCUAUUUUAUUUAAUCUUAUCACUUUGCUAUCCCGACAAAUCACUAAAAGCGAUCCAUUUCGUAAUACCUUUGCUCUUUUGACCUCGCCUACGAGUUUGUUGAUUAUCUUCGUCACAUGAAUCGGGUUCCAAUCACCGAAAGACGCCCCGUCUUCGCUCAGUUUUAUAAUUGCUUUAAUCUCAUCUUCUUUCCAUUGUUUUGCUAUCCUAUUUUGAUCAUUCCCUGACUCCUCAGUGUUUGAAAUCUCAUACCUGUUUUCUUUUCUUACUCUUUCCACUCCAUUCCUCUUUCCCGCCAACCUCCAUCUCUAACUCACUUCCCGAACCGUCACUUCCUCCUGCCAUCCUCCGUCCAUUCACAAUCUUGUUGUUUAGCCAACCGCCGUUUCUUCAAAAGCCUGAACAGUAUUCCCGCAGGACCACUCCCAGUGGUUCAAGCCACCCGGUCCAAACCAAAAAUGGUGCAUUAACUCAGCCUGCCAGAAAUCACCGCCCCGGCUCACUGGUGCAAUCUUCUUCUUCUAUUUCCGGCAGCUUAGACACACCUAGGUGUAUUACUGGCCUCCACAGGAUGUAUAAUUAUAGAAUUUCAAGAAAAUCAAAUUCUCGAAUAUAAGCUAGUGGCAUGUAUAAAUUGAAUAAUAAACUCUUCAAUCAGAUGGUGGUUUUCUUGGUGGCCAAGCAAGGAUUUAAUAGAAAAAAAAAUGCAUUUAAGCCAGAUAGCCUCUUGAACCAUAUGCGUCUUUCAAUUUUGUGUCGAUUACAGCUCAGCAAAACAUGCUGGACUGUCUCUGGACUACCACAGUCACAUAAUCCAGUACGAUGUUUUCCUAUUAUCUUUAAAUAAUGGUUUAGCCUACAAUGCCCCAACCCAAGUCCUGUUAAUUUCACCAUAUGUCUACGAUUUAAAAAGGUAACAGUCUGAGACGUUUUUAACUAGUGGGUGACUAGAAAAAUAAUGCCUGCCCCAUAAUUCAUUUUUCCAAUCCUCCUGCCACUUCUUCUCUAUACCUUUUUUAAUCCUACUACUCAAUUCUGCUCUGCCUAGGGGAACUCUAAUUUCUACUUGCCUGCUCUGUAAGGAAGAUUUUGAAAUGCCAUUCACAAUUUCAUUUCCCUCCACCACAGCAUGCCCUGGUAUCCAUGUAAAUCUGACUUCACAACCCAUCUUCCCUACUAAAAACAAAACUAAAAAUCUCAAUAACUAUGUCAGGACGAACUUUUGAUUUACUCCCUUUUAUAGACUAUAAGGCAGCAGCAGGAUCCAAACAGAUGAUAACCCUCCGUGGUCGAGAGUCUUCUGUCCACCAUAAGGCCCAGAGGAUUGCUAAUAAUUCUGUUGCAAAGACAGAAACACCAUCUGAAACCCGGUGACCAAUCUUAUCUCCAAGUUGAGACACAUACAUCCCAAAUCCUGCCCUACUGCUCCCUGGGUUCACUGAGCCAUCAGUAAAAAUCUUCAGAUAACAUCCCCAUUUAUUAUUUAAAUAUUCAUUUGUGAUCAACGCUGAUGAAAUUGCUCUGCUUCCUUGAAGCUGAAAAAGGAGGAAUAGGUCUACGUCUGGUUCUGGCAAAAGCCAAAAAGGGACGGAUGGCAAGCAAAUUUGGCCAACUAUGUCUUCCUUGGUCAGUUUCAAUUUCACAGCCCAGUUAUUAACCAAAUCUAAAAAUGGGUAUCUUUUAAUUUUACUUUGGCGCUCCGACUUCCCCUGUGAAAGACAUUUUAAAUGGACAGCUGAGAUUGAAGCCAUUUAGUUUUGCCCAAUACUACAGACCCAACUGAACUCGUCUUAAAUGUAGAGGCACUUCUCCCAUCUCCACACAUAAUGCCGGAACUGAUGUUGUUCUAAAAGCUCCACAACGGAGUCUAAGUGCUUUGGACUGCACAGUGUCUAGUUUUCCAAGCACUGCCGUAGCAGUGGAACCAUAAGCAAUACAACAAUAAUCUAUAACUGAUCUAAUCAUAGCUAGCUAUAUUAAGUACAUAGUUUCCCACCCUGCUCCCCAGUGGCAUCCAGCAAUACUUCUCAUUACAUUUCAAACUUUCUCACACUUUCCAAUUGUUUUAUCUAUAUGAACCCUCCAAGUAAAUCUUUCAUCAAACCAGACACCUAAAAACUUGAAUACCUUGACUUUUUCCUAAUGGAGAAUCAUAUAGACACAAUUCACAAUCAGGAAUCUUUCUUCUAAAGCCAAAAAUCAUAUAUUUGGACUUAGAAGCAGAAAUCCUGAAACCCCAUUUAUUUGCCCAGUUUUCAACUGAUCUUAAAGCCUUUUGUACCUGCUUUAACAUAUACUUGACGUUUCUUCCUCUUUUCCAGAUUGCACCACCAUCUGCAAACAACGAUUUGCCAAAUCCUGUCCCUACCUGAUCAAAGAUAUAAUUUAUCAUGACAUUAAAAAGAACUGGACUAAUGACACUUCCUUGAGGGGUACUGGUGCAAUCAUUAUCUUCUCCGUCUUGUUUUAUGGCGGUUGGCACUCAGCUUAAUGGUGCAUUACCGCCACCUUCUGCUUCGGAGUGUGCAAUAGACUUACAUUCUAAAUCUCUUCACCCAAUCAUACAUACACACAUGUACCCUAACCUACACUUUAUCCUCCCAUCUUUGGCCAUCCUAGUACCCUAUUCCUGCUUAUCCAUCAUAACCUAUAAAAAAACCUCUGUAUCCCUUAAGAAAUCUAAAAAUACCCUGACCUGUGCUCUCUCACCCAUGCCCAGCAACCCUUUUAAUGUGAAUUCCUGCACCCCCAAUUCCCUUAGUUUAAUUCUCAUCAUCUCUCUCUGUAUCCCAUACUUCCUGCAACUCAGAUCUACAUGUUCUACUGACUCCUCGUCCUGACAUUCCUCACACAAUCCUGUCUGGUGUUUCCCGAUCAUUUUCAAUGUUUUGUUUAAUGCACAGUAUCCCAGCCUUAACCUAGUCCACACAGUCUUCUCUCUUCUGUAUCCGCUACCUCCCCUAGUACCUGCAACACCUUUUUGUAUUUGAUAUAAAUGCCUCCCUUUCCCCUCCUUGUCCCAUCUUUCUUGCCACAUUUGGUUGAUUUUUUUUCCCAGAUUACAUACUGCUUUACUGAUACUAAUGUGCAUUUCCACAUUUUCUUUCUUUAACGCCCUCUUUGCCAACUCAUCCACCCUCUCAUUCCCCUUCACCCCUACAUGUGCUGGAACCCAUAGAAAUUUUACCUGACCUCCCUGAUUUGCAAUUCUUGUGACUGACUGAAGGACUUCAUAAAGUACAUCUUGCCGACUGUUUGUGUGAAAAGACCUUAAACUUGCUAGAACUGAGGAUGAAUCUGAGCAUAUCAACACUUUGACUUGUCUAGCUUUCUCCACCUAUUGCAACGCAGCCAACACUGCCAGCAUCUCCACUGUAUACACCCCUAACUUAUUAGAUGUUCUGCUGAUUCCAAUUUCUUUUGCUGGUAUAACCACCCCAAACCCUGUUACUCCUGUUUUAGGAUCAUCCAUAUAAAUCUGAGUAUAAUCACCGUACUUUUCCAUCACAUGACAGUUAAAUGCAGUUACCAAAUCAAUUUUAUAUUUUCCUUUCCUUUUUAUCUCUAACAAAUGCCAGUCUAUAUCAGGCCAUACAAUCUUCCAUGGAGCUACAGCCAGAUAAACUACUGAAGGACUUAUCCUCAGAUCAAAUACUCCACAUUCUUUAGCAAUAUCAUUCCCUACCCGACUAAAGUUAUCCCUCUGAAACCUCCCAUUUUCCCAGCACUCCUGCAACACUCCUUUAGUAGGGUGAGAAUCAUUGUGUCCCUGCAAGUUAGCCCAGUAGUUUGCCAUCAAUUGCAUCCUUCUUAGUUCCAAAGGCAUUACUCCCAUUUCUACCUGUAGGGCUGAUGCUGGUGAUGUUUUAAAAACCCCAAUGCACACUCUCAAGGCCUGAGCCUGAAUCACAUCCAGUUUCCUUAUAAGAGACCUAGCUGCUGAUCCAUAUGCUAUAUUUCCAUAGUCCAACACAGAUCUUACUAAAGCCACGUACAUUCUCUUCAACGCCGAACAACUUGCUCCCCAUUCCCUACCAGUCAAACAUCUCAUCACAUUUAUUACUUUUUUACAUUUCUCCUCAACUUUCCUGAUAUGGUUUGCCCAUGUUAAGCGGAAUCAAAUAAAACUUCCAGAAAUUUAAAUGAUCCAACCCUUUCUAAUUCAAUCCCAUACAUCCUUAACUUCUUCCCUACCUCAAUUCUUUUCCUGGUGAAAAAUACAGUUUGAGUUUUUUUUGCUGAAAAUCUACAUCCCCAAUCGUAACCCCACUCCACCACUUCAUCAAUUGCUCUCAUCCAUUCCAUUACCUUACAUAUGUUUGAUGUUAAUGCUAUUGGUCUGUAGCUAGUGGGUUUUGACGGAUCCUUGCCAGGUUUCCUUAUUGGAAUUACUACUGCUUCUUUCCAUGCACUUGGUAAUCUUCCCUCCUCGCACACGGUUAUAAAAAUGCAGCAACUUCAAGAGCGCUCCUUCUCCUAGAAUUUUUAGCAUAACAGAGCAUAUCAGAUCUUUCCCUGAGGAGGUUGGUCUCGAUCUCUUUAUUGCUCUCACCAUUUCUGCCAAUGUAAAUGGAUCAUCAAUUAUAUCAUCAGUUUCUUCCCUCCUGUUUAAACACACGUGGGUGUUUGACUCAUUGUUCUUUCCCUUCUCCUUGUCCAGACAAAUUUUCUGAACUGUAUCUGUACAAACGACUUGGCCAUGAUCUCAGCCUUAUCCCUACUGGAGACUGCUGUUUCCUCCUCAGAUAUCAUUACUGGAUAUUCCCAUUCCGUUCCAUUUCCUCCCAUCCUCUUAAUCAUUCCCCAUACCUCUCCCACAGGUGUUGUUCUUCCUAUUUUGUUGCAAAAACUCCUCCAACUGGCCCUUUUAGCUUGACAUAUAGUUCUUCUCACCACUGCCUGUGCUUUCUUAUAUUGAACCAAAUGCUGCAUAUUAUGGGUUCUUUUAACUAGCCUGAAUGCUCUAUUUCUGUUUUUUUACAGGAUGACAACAUUCCUCUGUCCACCACGGUACCAGUUUUCUAUUCAUCCUAUUUUUACUCCUAGGUAUAGACCCUUCUGCUGCCAUAACAAUUGCUGAAGGCACCUGACUGUUUAAUUCAUCUACAUUUCCAGAAAGGUCAAUCCUUGUCAAUGCUUCUUCACUCAACUUCUGGAACUUUACUGGUGCAAUCUUCUUCCUUGAGUUUUACGGCAGUUGGCAUCCACACUGUUGCAUUACUGCCAUUUUCAGGAUUUAUUGUCCCUCAUUGUCCAUUUUAAAGCCGUCUUUCCAGUCCCAUCGCCCUUAAAAAACUAAACAACCAUUUCCUCCCUGAUCACUCUCCCCACAUUCCAAUAAACCUCUAACACUGUUCUCUACCAGUUCUAUUUUGCGUAAUUGUCAUAACAUUUGUUGCCUUUCCUGUGCAAAUUUCCGGCAUGAAAUAAGGAUAAGCUCUACUGUUUCAGUCUCCUGACAUAGAUCGCAAAAACCUGUUGGAUGUUUAUUUAUGAUGGCCAGAGUGCCAUUAAGGUUGCUGUGCCCAAUUCUCAGUCUACUUAUAAUUACUUGUUCCUUCCGCUUUACUCCCCUACUUCUUCCCAUAUCUACUCUGUUCUGAAUUGAAUGUAAAUGUCUUCCUUUUAUUGCUCUAUCCCAAUGCUGCUGCCACUGAUGAUUUAUCCUUCUCCACACUAUGCUCUUCCCCUCUGAUUUUGAUAGUUUAAUAUUGACCUCUAUAGAUCCUUUUUUGACUGCUGCUUUUGCCAGCCUAUCUGCUGUCUCAUUUCCCAUAAUACCUGAAUGUGCUGGAACCCACAUGAAUGUGAUAUUUUUGCCUUGUCUAGCCAGUCUUGAAUUUUCAAACAGGAUUUCCUAAAGCAGAUCCUGGUGACCUCUAGCCAUACCCACCUUAAUGCUUGCAAGGGUCGAUACAGAAUCGCUACACAUCACAAUAUUAUACAAUCAACCUGCUCACUCCAUUCUAGUGCUAACAAUAUGGCAAACAUUUCAACUGCACAUACACUCAAGCAAUCAGGUGUUCUCUUGCUAAUUUCCACUCGAUAACUUGGCACAACAAUUGCAGACCCUGUUGCACCUGUUUCUGGAUCCUUUGAUCCAUCCGUAAAAAUCUGUACGUCUUUAUAUUUACAUUUCCUAUAACUGUGAUAUUCACUGAGUAUAUCAGCCAUCUUAUUACUGUGUUUAAUCUUAAGCAAUUCCAAAUCUACAGAGGGAUUUUCUAAUGCCCAGAAAGGUCUGACAGACCACACUACACUUGGACAAAACUCUUUAUCGUAUACACCCAUAUCUUUUGCUGUUUGCUCUCCUGUCCAGCCAAAACUUUCUUUUUGUGUCCUCUCCUUCUCCCAGCAUGUCUGCAACACUUUUUGUAGGAUGGCUAUCACCAUGUCCCCUUAAAUUAAUCCAGUAAUUAGCCUCCAGCUGUUUACACCGCAGCCCCAAUGGCAUUUCAUUUGCCUCAACUUGGAGUGCACACACUGGGGAAGUUCUAACCGCUCCCAAGCACACCCUUAGAGCCCGAGCUUGCACAAUAUCCAGUUCUGCCAGCACAGAUUUUAUGGUGCAAUCUGGCAAAAACACAGGACUAAAAUACACUGAGCAAUAAACAGAGAGGCAGAUGAUAGGUGGAGCACAAUGAGACACAGGUGGCAGCAAUACGGGUAAUAAUGGGAAACAGGUGAGAGGUGGAGUACUCAGUAAUACAGGGGCCUGAGUAGAGCAAGGGUGGGACAGGAGCACACAGGGCAUGAAAACAAAUAAGAGCACAUGGCAAUACAAAACCACAGACUGAUGGCUAGGAGGAAAACACGCAAAAGGACAGAGUUCAACUGGAGGUACUGACAGUAACCCCCCCCCCACCCAAGUCUAGGAACGCCUCCUGGCGCCACAGCAGGUGGAACUGGGUGCUGGCGAUGAAAGUCCCUGAUGAGAGAGGGGUCCAGGAUGUUAUGGGUGGGGACUCAGCACCUCUCCUCAGGACCGUAGCCCUCCCAGUCCACAAGGUACUGGAGGCCAUGGUCCCGGCGACGAAUGUCCAGCAGUUGAC